AUGGAGUCAGAAUUCUCAACCGAAUUGCAAUCCAAAGCCUUCGAGGUUCUCAGUUCCGAUGACAACACUGCCAUGGAAACACUCUUUUCACAUCUCUUCUCUCACCAACACCAAUCUCAUGCAAUCACAUUCCUCCAAUGCUGCAUGCACCACCACCCCGAUCUCCUCUUCAUCAAGCUCUUCUUCCUCCUACGCUGCAGCCCUAAUCUCGACACGCGCGCAAACGCCGCACGCGCCUUCCGCUUCGUUAAACCCUCCGAACUCUGGCCCAAGCUAAGACCCGUGGCCCAGGCCCGUCUCAAAGCCCACUUCAUCGAUUACCUCACUGAAGAAACUUCAAUCCAAGUUCUCAGACUCGCUUCCGUCGUCCUCGCUGAAACCGUUUCCGUUGUAUACAAAACUCAUCAAAACUGGCCUGAGAUUCUCGAAUGGGUUAUGUCGUCUGUCGCUUCAAACGACGACAAGUUUCGUGAAGUCGCGCUGUUGGUUUUGUCUUCGUUGCCAAACGAUUGUCGUUUUCUUAUUUCCGAUGCUCUCCGCGACCGCGUCCGCGUCUUUCAUUCGUCGUUUUUGAGUUCUCUGGCUUCGUCGAACCCUAACGUUCAGGUUGCGUCGUUUGGUGCGGUUGUGAGUUUGGUUCGGUUGUUCUCUGAUCCUUCGCUGUUCCACGAGCUCUUACGCGCGAUGAUGGUUGGUGUGUUCACACUCUUGCAUGGUUUCGAAGGUACCUAUUUUCGAAGCGCGUUCGCUGAGUUGAUAAAUUUGGUGUCGCAAGAGCCUCUUCUGUUGAAGCCUUACGUGAGUGACAUGGUUCUCGACGUGCUUCAGAUCGCGGAGAGUGAGGGUUUGAGCAAAGAAACGCACCGUUUGGCGUUUGAGUUGGUUAUGGCCAUGACGGAGUUAAAAGAGUACCGUGAACACGUGUUGCUGAACCUUCCUUCUGAUACUGUGGUUAGGUUGUUCCACAUUCCAAUGAAAAUGUUACUAUCUAUUAAAGAGGAUGGUGUUGGUGACCAUGACCGUGACUUUGGAAUAAAGUGUUUGAAACAACUUUGUGUCACACUUGGAGGGAGUAAAGUAUUGCAUUUAAUUGUUUAUGAAGUGUUGCCUCUUUACUUGGAUGACACGGAAUGGAAGAAGCGCCUUUCGGGAAUUACAUUGCUUAAUGUGAUUGCAAAAGAGUUCUCAGAUGAAAUGGUAUUGAUGGAAAAUUUUCAAGGGGAAGUGCUGAACAAAGUUUUGAAGACAUUCCAAGACUCCCAUGUUCAAGUUCGGUUGGCAGCUUUUAAUUUUAUGGAGAUGCCUACAAACUUUGUCCAGGCGGCGCAAAUCCUUUAUCAUCAUAGGCUUGUGCAUGCUUUUUCCAUUGCACUUGACAGUGAUCAGGACUGUAAAGUGAAGGAACAAGCUGCCUCAGCAAUGCUAUUCUUUCUAAAGAACACUCUUCCAGAGAGCUUAACAUUGAACAAGAAUGUGGAUACCAUAAUGAGCAAAUUGUUGUCAAUGCUUAAGGGUAAAGAAAGUGCUAAGCAAAGAAGUAUUGCCUUGUCAACUUUUAAUAUAGUUGCACAGCGGUGUCAUGAAGUAGCUCCCAAGUACUGUGCAAAUUAUCUUCCAAUCUUACUAGAAGCAUGUAAUGACAAGGAUUCUGAAAUCAAAGAGGAGGCAGCACGGGGAAUUCGAAUUUGUGCAGAGUUUGGAACACCUCAGCUGAAGCCUUUUGUCAAUAGGAUAUUGUCAGAAAUCAGUGUUUUAAUGAAAGAUCCAAAUCGAUCACUUUCAGAGAAUGCAAAAGCACAUGAUAUUGCUGUUUCUGCUCUAGGAAGAAUUUGUGAAUUCCAUCGUGACAGCAUUGAUGGCUCUAAGAUUGUUCCUGCCUGGUUAAGUUACUUGCCACUUAAAGAUGAUUUGACUGAAGCCAAAGUCAUGCAUGAACAACUUUGUGUAAUGGUUGCAAGAUUAGAUAAGGACCUUUUAGGAGCCGGUAAUCAAAACCUUGUUAAGAUAAUUGCAGUGUUUGUGGAGGUUAUUGAUAAGGGUGACAAAUUAGCUACAACACAAACAAUCAAGCAGAUGAAUAAUUUGCUGAGGCAGCUUGGGCGACAGAUUCCUCGUAGUGCGCUUGAUACAAUUUUAUUGUCUUUGAAUGCCAAUCAACGGCAACUAUUAUUGCCUUUGGUAUCCUCUUAG